AUGGCUACAGGACAUUCUCAGAAAUGUUGUGAAGAACUUGUGGCUGCAGGGGCUAUUGAUACUUUGCUGCGGCUGAUUCAAACAGUCAGCCGGAGUAUACCUGAUCAGGAGGUUCUAAAGCAUGCUUUGUCAACUCUCCGAAAUCUCGCGCGCUAUCCUCAUCUUCUACAAGUGUUGAUCCAAAGUCGUGGUUCUGUACAGAUCAUUGUCUUGGAGUUAUUGAGGAAUAAAAACGAGGGCUACUUCGUUGCUUCUGAACUUUUGAGGAAGGUAUGCUCAACUCGUACAGGCGUUGAGGCGAUACUCAAGUCCCCUGCUCUGCUAAAACGACUGUACGGUCUUGUUGUGGAUCAUAAACGGAAGGGAAUUUACGAGAAAAGAAAUCAUAGGGCUCCUAACCUUGUUAUCAAAGAAAACAGAGAGAGAAGAUUAAAGGAGGCUGCUGAGAUUGUGAAGCUAAUAACAAGCGCAUGA